UAAUGGUAGAGGCCGGCGGUAUUUCCAAAAAAAAAGUGCAUUUAUUUACAAAAAAGUAGCGCUACAAAGAUCGAUUUUUAUCUCAACAACGAAGCAAGCUAUUGACAUGGUCCAAGCGACAAAACUGAUCAGAAAAAUCGAACGCAGACGGCCAGCGAAAAAACUAAGCGAUUCGGUGAAUCAAACGUCUCCCUUACCCCACUAUGAAAGGUCACAAAUCGUCGCAAGAACUAUGCGAAAUUAUCAUCUGAAUGCUACCGCUCCUUGACACAUCCGAAAUCAUGGCAUACACUGGUGCAAGAAAAUCGACGAUUGAAAGGGUUGCGCGAUGCUAUAAGUUGACUGGGAAGCCGUGUAAAGAAAGCCAGAGUGGUAAUAGUGGCAGAACUCGAAUGAUGGACUUGGAAGAUAUUGAGUACAUGCAUGGCCAUUUGUCCCGCAGCUGUGAUAUGUAUCUAGACGAACUCCGUGAUGAGAUUAGCCAGGCUCGCGGGAAACACCUGUCAUUGUCCACAAUCUGGCGAACACUUCAUCGCACGGGCUAUUCAAGGAAGAAAGUUAGUGUCUUGACGCUACAGCUGCUCUGACGUCUGGGACAGACCUGGAUCCACCUGGCACUGUGGCCGCUGACAAAGUGCUGGACUUUUUUGGUGGAAUGGGCUGUGGCCGUGGUUUAGUCUUUGAGACGACUUCCUGGCUUGGAGGAUGUUCUGCCUGUGUACCACUGGGGGCUGUAAUUGCUUUUUCAGAGGACAACUGCAUUUCCGAGGCUCCUUGACCUUGCGCACUCGGGUAGAAGCCUUUGCCAUCCUGCGAGACAAUGUAGCAGACCGGGAAAAGUGAGAUGUGUGUGAAUUUAGUUUUUAUGCUAGCGGACAUGAGGCAAGUGUCCAUUUCGCCAAAUCAUUCCAUCCUUUCUACAGUCUUCUGCGCCUCAUUUUUCUGAUCAAUUCUACUGGCUCUGAGAGCAGGUGACUACGAACUUCACCGAAUCGC